AUGCCUAAGAACAGCAAGGUAGUAAAACGAGAACUAGAUGAUGAGGUCAUUGAGUCAGUUAAGGACCUUCUCUCUAAUGAAGAUUCUUCAGAUGAUGCCUUUAAGAAGAGUGAACUGAUGGUUGAUGAUCAGGAAGAUAAAGAUGCAGAUGUUGAAGAGGGGUCCGAUGUAGAGGAUGAGAGACCAGCUUGGAACAGCAAACUUCAGUAUAUUCUGGCACAAGUUGGAUUCUCCGUGGGAUUGGGGAAUGUCUGGCGAUUCCCAUAUCUGUGUCAGAAAAAUGGCGGAGGAGCAUAUCUUGUGCCAUAUUUAAUUUUGCUGCUGAUAAUAGGGAUUCCACUGUUUUUUCUGGAACUUUCUGUGGGCCAGCGAAUCCGACGAGGGAGCAUUGGUGUGUGGAAUUAUAUCAGCCCCAAGCUUGGUGGAAUUGGAUUUGCAAGCUGUGUAGUAUGUUUCUUUGUGGCCCUCUACUAUAAUGUCAUCAUUGGAUGGAGUUUGUUUUACUUUUCCCAGUCUUUUCAGCAUCCGUUACCAUGGGAUCAGUGUCCCUUGGUGAAAAACGCUUCUCAUACCUUUAUAGAGCCUGAAUGUGAAAAAAGUUCUGCUACUACCUAUUAUUGGUACAGAGAAGCACUGAAUAUUUCCAGCUCACUCUCAGAGGGUGGGGGGUUAAACUGGAAAAUGACUAUUUGUUUGCUGGCUGCCUGGGUUAUGGUGUGUCUUGCAAUGAUAAAAGGAAUACAGUCUUCAGGCAAAAUCAUGUAUUUUAGUUCACUUUUUCCUUAUGUGGUACUUAUGUGCUUUCUAAUUAGAGGAUUGCUCUUAAAUGGUUCAGUGGAUGGCAUUCGUCACAUGUUUACACCUAAGCUUGAAAUAAUGCUGGAACCCAAAGUCUGGAGAGAAGCUGCGACUCAGGUGUUCUUUGCCUUAGGGCUUGGAUUCGGUGGAGUCAUUGCCUUUUCAAGCUACAACAAGAGAGACAACAACUGCCAUUUUGAUGCUGUUCUGGUGUCCUUCAUCAAUUUUUUCACUUCUGUGCUGGCAACUUUGGUGGUGUUUGCUGUUUUGGGCUUCAAAGCAAAUAUCAUAAAUGAGAAAUGUAUUACAGAAAAUUCAGAAAAAAUUUUAAAACUUUUGAAAAUAGGCAAUCUUAGCCAGGAUAUUAUCCCACAUCAUAUCAAUUUUUCAAGCAUUACAGCAGAAGAUUACAAUUUAGUAUAUGACAUUAUUCAGAAAGUUAAAGAAGAAGAAUUUCCUGCUCUUGGUCUGAAAUCCUGUCAGAUUGAAGAUGAACUUGACAAGGCUGUUCAAGGGACUGGUUUAGCUUUUAUUGCAUUUACAGAAGCAAUGACCCACUUCCCUGCUUCCCCAUUCUGGUCAGUGAUGUUCUUCCUCAUGCUUGUGAAUUUGGGACUUGGUAGCAUGUUUGGAACUAUUGAAGGCAUCAUCACACCUAUUGUUGAUACCUUCAAAGUGAGGAAGGAAAUUCUUACUGUCAUCUGCUGUUUGGUAGCAUUUUUUGUUGGCCUGAUUUUUGUGCAACGUUCUGGAAAUUAUUUUGUCACAAUGUUUGAUGACUACUCUGCUACCCUCCCCUUGCUUAUUGUGGUCAUUUUGGAGAAUGUUGCUGUUACUCGUAUUUAUGGAAUAGACAAAUUCAUGGAGGACCUAAAGGAUAUGCUUGGUUUUUCUCCAAGCCAGUACUAUUACUACAUGUGGAAGUAUAUAUCACCUUUAGUAUUGUUAUGUUUGCUGGUAGCUAGUAUUGUCCAAAUGGGAUUAAGUCCUCCUGGUUAUAAUGCAUGGAUUGAAGAUACGGCUACUGAUGAGUUUCAAAGCUAUCCAACGUGGGGAAUGAUUGUCUGUAUAUCACUGAUGGUAUUGGCUAUACUUCCUGUGCCUAUAGUCUUUAUAGUUCGUCGCUGCAACCUUAUCGAUGACAACUCUGGUAGUCUGGCAUCCGUAUCCUACAAAAGAGGUCGGAUAAUAAAGGAGCCUGUUAAUCUAGAGGGAGAUGAUACAAGUCUGAUUCAUGGGAAGAGUCCAAGUGAGGUGCCAUCUCCAAAUUUUGGCAAAAACAUAUACCGAAAACAGACUGGAUCCCCAACUCUGAAUACUGCUCCUAACGGACGCUAUGGUAUUGGAUAUCUAAUGGCAGAUAUGCCUGAUAUGCCUGAGUCUGACUUGUAGCUAGUGAAGAAAAAUACUUUCUUUUUUGUUUAUCACUGAACAUUGACUCUCUUAAGGGAAGUGGCCAGCUUCACUUACUAGAGUGCGAUCUCAGGUGACCCAUGGCUACUGUCUUUAAAAUAUCCUGACAGUACACGUAGCUCGAGAAUUCCCUUUGGAAUGAUUCUCUGGUAUUUCAUUUGCAUUGAAGGGAAUAUUCAGACACCCUUAAAAACUUGAUGGCCUGUGUGUGUCAGGAUAGUCAAGAUUUAAAAAAUGUUUCUGAUUUUAAUUGGGAAGCUUUCUAUUGCUGAAGGACAUAUUACCUCAGUUGUAGCAAUUUCCCAGGUGAUCUAAUAUUUCUGAGUUCCUUGGUUUUUGCCUUCAGGUUAAUUCCCCAGUAUUAAAAGAGAGCUCCAAAAUAGAUCACCAAAUCCAUGUUUCUGCACAUACUUGUAUAUACAUUAUGUAGAUAUGCUGUACUUAUUUUGUUAGCACUGAUAAUUACUUAGGCUGUUAGCUGAGUAAAUAAACCUUGCCAACUAUUUUCUUACAUACUAGCUGUAUAGAGCAAUAGUAUUAGAAUUCUGAGGAGGAGAAUUGUGAGAAGACAAGAAUGAUUCCCAGUUCACUGGAGACUGCAUAAGCUGUGGC